AUGGAUAUUGGUGGCCUGACAACAGUGGUGGCCAACUCGGCCUACAUUUCCGCCCGCGGGAGUUUUGACGGCACCACUGACCCGACUUUAGAUUUAGGCUUCCAGAGGGUCUGCGUAGACCAGCCCAUCAGAAAACUAAUUUUUCAGGAGUUCCUACACUCCCAUAAUGAGUACAAGGGUCUGCUGCUGAAGGAUAUUGAGGAGUACAACAUGGCAGAGGAUGAGGACAGAGUGAAGAAAGCAAACAAGAUUUUGUUGCGGAACAUGGAGCCUGGUGUCAAGUAUUUCUGCGCCUUCCUGCCAGAAAAUGGCAUCACAAAGGUCAAAGACAAACACCAGGAAGCUGGGGAUGACCUCUUCAGUGAGACUUUGGAUAGUGUUAAGGACUUUCUCAAAGAGGUACCAUACACUUUCUUCCUGGAGAGCAUGUAUCUGAAGAGGUUUCUGCAAUGGAAGUGGCUGGAGGUGCAGCCAAUAGGAGAAGACUGGUUUUUACAUUUCCGUGUGCUGGGUAAAGGGGGUUUCGGGGAGGUGUCUGCCUGUCAGAUGAAGGGCACAGGAAAAUUGUACGCCUGUAAAAAGCUCAACAAGAAGAGGCUGAGGAAGAGAAAAGGCUAUGAGGGGGCGAUGGUGGAGAAGCGGAUCCUGGCACGAGUUCACAGCAGGUUCAUUGUCUCCUUGGCCUAUGCCUUGCAGUCCAAAACAGAGCUGUGUCUGGUUAUGACCACCAUGAAUGGAGGAGACUUGAGGUAUCACAUAUAUGUGGACGAGAACAAUCCAGGGUUUAAUGAGCCACGGGCCUGCUAGCAGAUCAUCCAGGGCAUCGAGCAUCUCCACCAGAAGAGUAUCAUCUACAGACACCUCAAACCAGAGAAUUUGCUCCUGGACAAUCAAGGUAAUGUCCGUAUCUCGGACCUCGGUCUGGCUGUGGAGCUGGCUGACGAGCAGUUCAAGAUAAAAGGUUAUGCUGGCACUCCAGGUUUCAUGGCACCAGAGCUGCUCAAAGGAGAAGAAUAUGACUAAACGGUGGAUUACUUUGCUCUGAGCUUCACUCUAUUUGAAAUUUUGGCUGCUAAAGGGCCUUUUAGGAGCAGAGGAGAGAAGGUGGAAAACAAGGUGGUGAAGAUGCGUGUUUUGAAUGAUCCCGUCGUCUACCCGGAGAGCUUCAGUGAGAAGGCCAGGUCCAUCUGCGAGGGUCUGCUCUUCAAAGAGGUGGACAAGAGGCUCUGCUUCAAGAACAGGUCAUGUGAUGAGAUCAGGGCACACCCUUUCUUUGGCGACAUUAACUGGAGAAAACUCAAUGCAGGAAUUCUUCUGCCGCCUUUUGUGCCAGACUCCAAGACGGUUUACGCCAAGAACAUUGAUGACAUUGGGGCCUUUUUUACAGUUAAAGGCGUCCACCUGGAAGACAAAGACACAGAUUUUUUUGACGAGUUUGCAUCUGGGAACAUGUCCAUCCCGUGGCAAGAGGAGAUGAUCAUGAUGGGAAUUUAUGGGGAGCUGACUGUGUGGGGCCCCGCUGGCACCUUACCGAAUGACCUGCGACGUGAGUCUAUCCUCGAACAACCGGUCCGCUUCUCCACCUGCUCGGUGUCAUGA